UAAUUUAAAUUGAAAAAAAAAAAAAAGCUGGGAGGCUGUAAGAUUUUCGUAAUCAAACAGAGCUUUACGUUACAACUCUGCAAGCCCGCAUUCAGUGUCAAGAAAAACCCGACUCAAAGAAAACUGACUUUAAUCACGAAAAUUAACUCCAAUUCCUUUAAAUCUCCGGGACAUGUCUUAUUGAUUUAUGCACUCAGUGUGUAUCUCAAUAACAAAAAGAUACUAGCUUUUUUGAGCCUUGAGGUAGCUAUAUAGAUAGAUACCAAGAAUCAAGAUCUGGGUUUUUUAGAGUGAUAGUAAAGGUCUUGAAUCGAUCCAGUUUCAGCUCGAAAGCGUUUGAAAGCCUGAAAAUCUCUUUCGCUGAUGAUCAUCGGUGUUCCAAUGCCCUUGUAAAUAUUGUUUGGUUAAGUUUUUCUCCUUUGGAUUUUGGUGUUUAUAGUAGAAGGGAAAGAUUUAUAUACAUUACCUGUAAGCAGUUGCAUUUUAAGUUCAUGGAUCUGCAAGCUGGUGCAGGAAACUGGUGCACCCUUUUCUUUUCAAUCUCAGCGCCAAUGCAGCAACCUCGGUUGUAAGGACACACAGCCAAAGUUGUUUUGCAACCAUGGGAGACGGCAAUAAUAGAAGCAACAACAACAGUGAAAAGCCAGAGUGGCUGCAACAGUACAAUCUUAUUGGCAAGAUUGGUGAAGGCACUUAUGGUCUUGUAUUCCUAGCAAAGACCAAGUCUCCUGCAAAUUGUGGAAAGUCCAUUGCCAUCAAGAAAUUCAAGCAGUCCAAGGAUGGUGAUGGUGUCUCUCCCACUGCCAUCCGUGAAAUCAUGCUGCUUAGGGAAAUUACUCAUGAGAAUGUCGUGAAGCUUGUGAAUGUGCACAUUAAUCAUACUGAUAUGUCACUGUAUCUGGCUUUUGAUUAUGCUGAACAUGACCUUUAUGAAAUCAUCAGGCAUCACAGAGACAAGGGUAACAAUUUGAUCAACCAAUACACUGUUAAAUCAUUGCUCUGGCAGCUACUCAAUGGACUGAACUAUCUGCACAGUAACUGGAUCAUACAUCGAGAUCUAAAGCCAUCAAAUAUCUUAGUUAUGGGUGAGGGAGAGGAGCACGGGGUCGUCAAAAUUGCUGAUUUUGGACUGGCAAGAAUAUAUCAAGCUCCCUUGAAGGCUUUGUCUGAUAAUGGUGUUGUGGUAACCAUUUGGUAUCGUGCACCCGAGUUGCUUCUGGGUGCUAAGCACUACACAAGUGCUGUUGACAUGUGGGCUGUUGGAUGCAUUUUUGCUGAACUUUUGACUUUGAAGCCACUUUUUCAAGGGGCAGAAGCCAAAUCGACAUCAAAUCCUUUCCAGAUUGAUCAACUUGACAAGAUAUUUAAGGUUUUGGGCCAUCCUACACUAGAAAAAUGGCCAACACUUGCAAGUCUUCCGCACUGGCAUAAUGACGUGCAGCACAUCCAAGAGCACAAGUAUGAGAAUACUGGACUGCAUGGUGUUGUGCCUCUCUCCCCAAAAAGUGCUGCAUUUGACCUUCUAUCUAAGAUGCUUGAAUAUGAUCCUCGAAAGCGUAUAACAGCUGCACAAGCUAUAGAGCACGAUUAUUUUCGUAGUGAACCUCUACCUGGACGGAAUGCCCUGGUUCCCUCUCAACCUGGAGAGAAGGUCAUCAAUUAUCCUACUCGUCCGGUAGAUACAAAUACAGAUUUUGAAGGAACAACUAGCCUUCAACCUCCACAACCUGUCUCAUCUGGAAAUGCGGUUUCUGGAGGCAUGCCAGGUGCUCAUGGAAUUAACAGCAGAUCUGCACCUCGACCAAUGUCUGUGGGCGUGCAGAGAAUGCAAUCUCAGGGCUUGGCAGCCUAUAAUCUCUCUUCUCAGGCAGGGAUGGGUGGUGGAAUGAAUCCUGGUAACAUCCCUCUGCCACGUGGGGUUGCCCAGCCCCAUCAGCAGCAUCAUCUGAGAAGGAAAGACCCACCUGGAACGGGGACUGGAUACCCUCCCCAACAAAAAUCAAGACGCUAAUUAGCAUAUGGCAUCUAGACAAACAGUCAUUUUUUUACUUCUAUGGAGUACAACCAUGUCAUUGUUCACCAACGUUCCCACCCACUAAGGGCACCCAAGAACGCAUCCAAUUCAAGAAGAAAUUCCACUUGUGUCAUGUAUGUGACAAUUGCUGUAUCUAGGCCUUUUCAAAUCAUCUUUGUUCAGGGAGCAAUAGCUUCAUUGCAUAUCUCAUCAGGGGAUUCUGAGUUUUCGUGUCCAAUUUGCAAGAUAAUCUUGUGAGGAGCAUGUUCUGGGGGUAAAGGCAGUAGUUGUAUUAUAAUGAUUAUAUUGCGUUGCCUUUAAAGCAGAACAAAGAAGUUUAACAUCGUUUAGCCUAAGAGGCUAAGACUGCUAGCAUCUCAGUCUUGAAAGAGUGUAUUUCCACACGAGAUACAAGAUGUGAUCCACCUUUUU